CGGCAAGCCAAGCGCCUGACGCGCCUCUAAUUUAUAUCCAACUCCUAUCGCUUUUCUCUCGUUUGUCUUCUUGCUGUUCAUUCUUAAGCAGUGAUACGAAGAGAAGAAAGAGAAUUGCUUUUAGUCCUGUCUUCAUCUCCGGUCUUUUGUUGGUAGAGGUGUAGCGUCUUGCGACAUCAUCAGUGUUUUCGUCUCAUACACAUCGACAUUCAGAAAUCAGCCGAACAACAAAACACACAGAAAAGAACAGUACAUUUUCAAUCACAAUGUCUACAUCAUCAGACAAGCAGGCGAAGGAAAACGCGCAAAAGCUGGAAAACGCGAUCCGCGCGUUCCAGACGAAGAACCCCGUCCCGGCCAUCGAUCUCACUCAGUACACGAUGGAGGACGGCACUUCUGUGUCUACUACCGAGCGAAUCGUGAAAGAUGUACAGGCUCCGGCGACGUUCACGCCCACGAACGAGCAAGUUUUUGAUCCCGAGGACCCCUCGAAGCCGAAUCUCAAAUUUCUGAAGCAGCAUUUCGCCCGCGAAGGACGGUUGACGGAGGAGCAGGCUACAUACAUUAUCAAAAAAGGCACCGAGAUUUUGCACCAGGAGCCGACACUUCUGGAGCUCGACGCCCCGCUGAUUGUAUGCGGCGAUGUACACGGCCAGUACUUUGACCUCAUGAAACUGUUUGAAGUCGGUGGCGAUCCGGCGACGACGCGGUACCUAUUUCUGGGCGACUAUGUCGAUCGCGGUAGUUUUUCGACCGAGUGCGUGCUGUACUUGUGGUCGCUCAAGAUCUGGUAUCCAAACACGUUCUGGCUGCUGCGCGGCAACCACGAGUGCCGGCAUCUGACAGAUUUCUUCACGUUCCGGAUCGAGUGCAAGCACAAGUACUCUGACGACUUCUACGAGACCUGUCUCGAGUCGUUUUGCUCGCUGCCGCUCGGCGCCGUGAUGAACCAGCAGUUUCUGUGCAUCCACGGCGGUCUCUCGCCGGACCUGCAAACGCUGGACGACAUCCGCGCCAUCAACCGCUUCCGCGAACCGCCGACGCACGGGCUCAUGUGCGACAUUCUCUGGGCCGAUCCGCUCGAGGAGUUUGGAAGCGAGAGCACGAACGAGCACUUCAAAGUCAACCGUGCGCGAGGGUGCUCGUACUCGUUCUCGUACGCGGCCACGUGCGCGUUUUUGGAGAAGAACAACUUGCUAUCGGUCAUUCGAGCGCACGAGGCGCAGGAUGCGGGAUACCGCAUGUAUCGCAAGACCAAGACUACUGGGUUCCCGUCGUUGAUGACGAUUUUCUCGGCGCCAAACUAUACAGAUACGUACCACAACAAGGCGGCGGUGCUCAAGUACGAAAACAACGUGAUGAACAUUCGGCAGUUCAACUGCUCGCCGCACCCGUACUGGCUGCCAAACUUCAUGGAUGUGUUUACUUGGUCGCUGCCGUUUGUGGGAUCUAAGAUUACCGAGAUGCUGAUUGCUAUUCUCGAUAUCUGCACUCAGGAGGAACUCGACGACGAGACGCCGCUGUCGGAAGACAACAUCGCCGCAGCAGCAUAUUCCGUUGCGCCGUCGGCUUCUGUGCAGACUACAACUGGUACGAAAGGCGAGGAUGGCGAGGAAGAAGACCCGAGAAGAAAAGCGCUCAAGCAAAAGAUCAUUGCGAUCGGCCGCGUGUCGCGCAUGUUCCAGAUCCUGCGCGAAGAGUCGGAGGCGGUGUCGGAGCUUAAGACGGCGUCGGGCGGCAAGCUACCGCCGGGCACGCUGAUGCUUGGGUCGCAGGGUAUUCGGGACAAGAUGUCGUCGUUUGAUGAGGCAAAGAAGCUCGAUUUGAUGAACGAGGGCAUGCCGCCUAGUAACGAGGAGAUCCAGCGCGAGAAGGAGUUGCAUGAUAAAGAGAAUCUGGAGAGGGUUAUCCAUGAUACUGAUUCGGAUGAGAACCUGCAGAGGCUUGCUAGACGGCUUAGUUGGGAUAAGCCAUGAUAUGAAUGAUGUGUAUUCUCAACUCUUGUUUCUAUUUUCGUCAACUCUUGUUUCUAUUUCUGAGUGGUGUUUUUUUUUUUUCAUUCGUUUCAUUUUGGCUGUGUACGCUUGUUUUUGUUGUUGUUUUGUUUAAUUACUAAAAAACGCAAUCUGAUAACAUCUUUA